AUGGACGAAGUGCUACCGCUGUUUCACGAUUUUCAUAUUGCACAGAUUAAAGAUUAUCAACUGGAGUUACAGAACGAUUUGAUAAAAACCAAUGAGGCCUUUCAAAAGAACUUGCUAAAGAAUUAUAACAAGAUUUUAAGCUUGACCGAUUCUGUCAACGAUUUGUCACUUAAUCUAAAGUCUGUUGACCAAGAUUUUAAAACGCUAUGUUUCGAUGAUGAGAAGUUUCAAUUGAAUAAGUUACCUCCACUAUUACACCAGAGCACUACUCAUAUAUCAUCACUUGGCAGUGAAGAGAAGAUCUCUAUACCAUCACAAAACAUACUAGUUAUCUCAAAUUGGACCAUCUCUAUCAAUAAUUUUUGCAACCGUAUUGUCACUUCCACUACUCCGUCGCGUAUAUUCGAUGAGCUGUUGUUGAAUUUCCACGAAUUAUCUUUGAUAUCAGUGCCUAGUAAUUUUGAAACGCUUAUCAAAGACAAAUGUUGUCAAUUACAGAAGUUCUUGGUGGACUCCAUGAAGACAUUAAACUUGACUUUACUGCAGUGGGUAAGACUAUAUAAUUUACUAAACACUGAGUUUGCCUCGAAGUGGGACGAUGAUUCACUUUCCUUAUUCAAUGAAUCCUUAUUCGAAACCCUAUUCAAUGAGAACGUUCAAGCUUUGCUGAUAUCGGGCACCAAAAACAAAGAACAUCAAUAUCACCCCAAUCAACAAUACAGUGAUACAGUUGUUGCAGAUUUUGUGAAUUCAUCCACCUUUAGAGACCAUCUUAUUCGUAAAACUGUGAAAGAAAUAAACACACAUUUGGAUACGCUAUCUAUUUUGAGAGCCAAGCUUAGGGAGCCGGAAACUCUUCAUCAACUAGAUAUCUUCCAUGAUGAUGACAAGAGCGUCGAUGAUGGCACUGUAUCUCCACUUGAUGAGGAGGCAUUGAAACAGUACAUUGAUACAGCGGUAUUUUAUUCAAAGGGUUUAACUAACGAUGCCACAUUGCAGAUUUACCAAACGGUGCAGCCUACGAUUGAAAUCCUACAAAACUUAGAAAUGUAUAAGUGUCCUCAGGAAAUACUGGCGGAUUUGAAAAAUAAAUUGAUUACGCAAUUGCAGGACUUUAAAACCCAGAUCGAAUCCUGCUUGCCUUCAUCGGCGGAAAACUCAACGAGCAUUGUGGAUGAUUUUAUGGCUUCGUACAUCAAUCACAAUCUCUUGCAAUUAGUCAUCGAUCAAAUUACGCAAUUAAGGCAGCAGUAA